UCAAGAUGAGGAGCCUUCCCCUGCUGCUGUUGGUUGCAUUAGCUGCCCUGGGGGAGAGUAAAGGGAGCAGCAAGCACCAUGGUCGGGUUAAACGGGAGUCCUUGAUACGUUCCAAAAGAAGAUGGGUCUUGUCGACAGUAGAACUACAAGAGGAAAUGAAUGUGAAAUACCCAUACAACAUUACUAGGCUGCACAAUAUGAAAGUUGUUGGGAAAGAUCAUCGGUUUUCGGUAAUGGUAGAAAGUGGGGAAGACGGGCUGUUCAGCAUUGAUGAAACAACAGGAGAUGUUUUUGUACAUAGACGUCUUGAUCGAGAGAAGAAAUCCUUCCACCAAAUCCGAUUUCAUGUCACGGAAAAAGCGAGCAACAAGGAAAUUGACAAAGAACUAUUUUUGGAUGUAGCAAUCCUAGACAUAAAUGACAACGCACCAAAAUUCAAUAAACUUGUGAAGGAAGCCAAUGUGAAGGAAAACAUAAAAUCAGGAGAGUACCUGCCAAUAUCAAUGGAGAUCACAGAUGAAGAUCAGGAAGACACAAUAAACUCAGCAUUUGAGGUCACCGUGGCUGAACAAACACCAGCUGAACCAAAGAUUAGAAUAACAAACGUUAUUGGCAAUACAUACCAACUCACAUUUGAAGGAUGUUUUGACUAUGAUAAAGCAAAACAGUAUUCAGUUGUUAUUUUAGCAUCUGACAAGGGAAAGCCAGCCCUUUCCAGUUCUGCUACUAUCACACUCAAUGUUAUUGACACAAACAGCCAUCAACCAAAGUUUAAGAAGACACAGUACCAAGCUGAGGCUAUGGAAAUGACCCUCUUAAAGGAGAUUUUAAGAAUUGCGGUAGAUGACAUGGAUACUCCCGGCACUCCCGGUUGGAAAGCUGACUACUACUUUAUAAGCGGCAAUGAAGAUGGGAUGUACAAUAUUACCACUGACCCCAUAACAAACGAGGGAAUUAUUGGUAUAACCAAGGAGAAGAAUUUUGACAGAACCAGUUUGGUAAAACUGCAAAUUGGAGUUAAAAAUCCUGAAACCAUGUCAUUCUGUAAAGAUGGAAAAUUAAUUACUGAUUCAAGCCAGCUUCCUCCCCCCGAUUCCGUUAAUAUCACAGUGAGAAUGAAUGACACUAACGACCCCCCAGAGUUCAAAAAAUAUACUGACGAGGUACACCACAAGGAGGAAUCAGAGCCAGGAAAGUCAUUGUAUACUCCUAAAGUUCAUGAUGUUGACUCUUCCAACAUCAGGUUUGAGCUAAUAGAAGACCCUGCUGAUUGGGUGACUGUUGAUAAGAAAACAGGACAAAUCACAACAAUCAAGAAGAUGGAUAGAGAGUCACCAUUUGUUGAUGAAAAAAAUAUUUACAGAAUUGUUGUUGUUGCAAUUGAUGAUGGUACACCUCCAGCCACAAGUACAUUUACCCUCAAGGUUCACAUCAUGGACAAAAAUGACAACACUCCCAUGCUGGUCAACAAGAAAGUCUUAUUGUGCAGAAACCUUGGCGAUAAGGUCACAGUGCCUGUGAAGGAUGCUGAUGCAGAUCCUUACAGUGGACCCUUUUUCUUCUCCUUGGCAAACGAUGAAACUAAGUGGGAUCACUGGGAAUUAGAAAGUACCCACGGUGAACAGGUCAUCCUUGUUAUUCGGGAGAAGAUUCCUUAUGGUAACUACUCAGUGCCACUGGAAAUUCAGGACAAGCAGAAUCAUGCUGCGAAGGAGACUCUGGGAGUGGAGGUGUGUGACUGCGAUGAAAGUGGUGUUUGCAGUGAAAAUGAACCUCCUUUCAUUGUCCUUGAUGGAACAACCAUAGGACCAAUUAUUGCAGGACUGCUUGCAUUUCUGUUACUUCUCGCCAUUUUUGUGUGCAAUCGAGGUCGGGAGUUUACAUAUGUGGAUAUGGAUGAAGGCCAUCAGACACUGGUCAAGUAUAACGAAGAAGGUGGUGGUAGUGACUGCAAGAUUGAGCGCUUGAUCCUAACACCAGAGGGUUUAGGGAGUGUCACAGAUGGCAUGAAGAUUUCCAACAUUCAGACAGCCCCAGGAGUUCUCAAUGGUAAUGGAGCAUACAGCACAGCAACUUUCAACAUGAACUCAAACAUGAACAUAAUGGAGUCAAUGCAGAAGAGAGCACUAAGAAACUCUAUAAGGGUUUCCAGAGGCAACUCAACUUUCAACCAUUCUAUGAGGCUAGUGCAAGACUUCAUAAAUACUCAGAUUACAAGAGUGGAAAAAGAAGCUGACAUAGAUACCUCAUAUCCUAUUGACUAUUCCCUAACUUAUGCUGAGGAGGGGACAGCAGACAGCUGUCAUCAGUCAUUGGAGCAGCUGCCAAACGACGACCAGGAUUUAAAAUUUCUGGUCAAUCUGGAGCCACAAUUCAAGACCUUGGGAAACAUUUGCAAGUCAAUUCAAACAAAGACGCCUUGAGCUGUAAAAGAAUGGUGGAAGGAAACUGGCAUGGCAUAUAAGUGAAUGUAAACGUGUUCACGCAAUAAUAAUGCAUUGGUGGGUGGGGAAUUAAUGCUGAAAAUUUCACGAAAUUUUAAUUAUUUCUUGUUUUGUUGUAUUACCUUUCUAUAAACAUUGCUUUAACUUUUUUAAGGAAAAAUAUGAAUGUAGUGUUAUGAAAGACAUUUCCAUUUACCAUUACUAAAAAAAUAUGUUCACAGCAAUAGAAAGUGAAAGUGUUAAGCUUACAUGCCAGUUUUCAUGUGAUCUAAAAGAGCAUUUCAAAUUGGUCGUUCUGUGUUCUUGGCUUGUUAAGUUUGUUGGUGGUAUCCAUGGGUUAUGGGUGUUUUUAUCUGGUGAGACUGAGUCACAUCUGAAAAAUGCAUAACAGCAUUUUCUGUUUGCCCUAGGAAGUCCGGUUUUCAGAGUUCAUGUCCGGGAAUGGGACCCUGUACCCAACUUCCCCAAAAGUUUUAAUUGCAA